AUGGAAAUUACUGUAGGAAGUUGGAAAAUCGCCAUAUUCUAUGUGAUUUCAUGGAUUUAUCCGCAUUUGGUGACGCGAUUGGUUGUUGAUAUGAUUUUGUUGAAUUAUGGCGAUCGAUCGACUUUUCCGUGGGUUGCGUUGCAUUUGGCACAGGUUUUGAGGGUGAGUGCGGGCAAAAAUUUGGAAUUUUUUGACACCAAACACGCCUAUGGGGUACUGUAGAUGUUUUUGGCGCGAAAAUUUGAAAUUUUUUGUUACCAAACACGCCUAGGGGUACUGUAGAUGUUUUUGGCCCGAAAAUUUGGAAUUUUUUGACACCAAACACGGUACUGUAGAUGUUUUUGGCUCGAAAAUUUGAUCUACACAGUUUUUGGGAAUUUCUAAAUAGCUACAAAUCUUGUGAACUACAGUACCCAAGUAAUCUUGUGAACUACAGUACCCAAAAUUAUCUCAUUCUUAAUUUUGUAAUCAUCCGGGUUACUGUAGAAUUUUUGAGCAAUAAUUGAUCUACAGUAAUCUUUUUUUAUUUUUGAAACCUAAAAUUUCGCGGAAAAAGAAUUUUCGCGCGAAAAUGUGAUCUACAGUAAUCAAAAAAUUCAUAAUUUUCGCGCCAAAACCUCUACAGUAACCCUAGGCUUGUUGGGUCUCAAAAAAUCCGCCCUCUUCAUUCCAGAAUCCCUCCAACUUCCCUCGCCUCUCUCUGCGUCUCCUCACACUCUCGCUCCUCAUUUUUCCCGCCGAACUGCACUAUUUGAUCUACGCGGCCAUCCACGGCUAUUGGCGUCGAAUCGUAAAUCGCCAGAUUGCUCAGAUUAGCGGCAUGCUCAUCGGAUUCUUGUUGGGCUUCUAUUGGAUCUUCCAUCCGAAACCAUGGGCGGCGCAAGAAAUCCGGGAAAAAUGGCGGAAUUACGGAGUGUCGUUGACGUUUCUGGCGGGCUUUAUGGUUUUGGCCGAUGUUUCUGGAAUUCAUAUCACUUUUGAGGAGUUCUAUGCCACGUGGAUCAGCAAAAAUAAAUCGAAAAAUUAG